CUAUAUUAUCCUCAUCCAUGGAUACAAAAUUUGCUUUGGGAUAGUCUAUACAUGUGUGCCGAGCCUUUACUUACUCGAUGGCCCUUAAAUAAAUUGAUUAGAGAGAAAGCUCUACAAGUAACAAUGGAAUAUAUUCAUUACGAGGAUGAGAAUAGUCGAUACAUUACCAUUGGAUGUGUUGAAAAGGUAUUAUGUAUGCUUUCUUGUUGGGUUGAAAAUCCAAAUGGAGAUUAUUUUAAAAAACACCUUGCUAGGAUUCCGGACUAUCUAUGGGUUGCUGAAGAUGGAAUGAAGAUGCAGAGUUUUGGUAGCCAAGUAUGGGACGCCAGUUUCAUCAUUCAAGCUUUGCUUGCUAGUGAGCUCACUGAUGAAAUUGGAGAAACUCUAGCAAGAGGUCACCGGUUUAUAAAGGAAUCUCAGGUUAAAAACAAUCCUUCCGGUGACUUUAAGAGCAUGUACCGUCACAUUUCUAAAGGAUCGUGGACAUUUUCUGAUCAAGAUCAAGGAUGGCAAGUUUCUGAUGCGACAGCUGAAAAUUUGAAGUGUUGCUUGCUACUCUCGUUGAUGCCACCAGAUGUAGUUGGCAAAAAGAUUAAACUUGAAAGAAUUUAUGAUUCUAUUAAUGUUAUACUCUCAUUCCAGAGCAAGAAUGGCGGUGUACCAGCUUGGGAGCCGGCAAGAGGACAACAAUGGAUGGAAAUAUUUAAUCCAACAGAAUUAUUCGCGGACAUUGUCGUUGAGCAUGAAUAUGUAGAAUGCACUUCAGCAACAAUCCAGGCUUUGGUUUUAUUCAAAAAUUUAUAUCCAGAACAAAGAAAAAACGAAAUUGAAAAUUUCAUAGUCAAAGCUACUCAAUUCCUUGAAGACAAACAAAUGGCUGAUGGUUCAUGGUAUGGAAAAUGGGGAGCUUGCUUCACAUAUGGUGCAUGGUUUGGUCUUGGAGGAUUGGCCGCUGUUGGCAAGACUUGCAAUAACAGCGCAACUGUACGCAAAGGAGUCGAUUUUUUACUUAGAAUACAAAAUGAGGAUGGUGGUUGGGGUGAGAGUUAUCUUUCAUGCCCAAAUAUGAAAUAUGUAGCUCUUGAAGGAAAUCGAUCAAAUUUGGUACAUACUGCAUGGGCGAUGAUUGGUUUAAUUCAUGCUGGUCAACAAGAAAGGGAUCCAACUCCUCUUCAUAAAGCAGCAAAAUUGAUAAUUAAUUCUCAAAUGGAAGAUGGUGAUUUUCCACAACAAGAAAUGGUUGGAGCCAUUCUGAAGAACUGUAUGCUACAUUAUGCAUUAUAUAGAAAUAUAUUCCCACUGUGGGCUCUUGCUGAAUAUCGUAAAAGAGUUUUACUAUGAUAUACCUUGCAGAUAUAUUGUGUCGUGCUCUUGCUGAAUAGUUAUUGUAUGUAGAGAUUGAAAUGUUAAAUAAAUUGU